UCUUGAGUCUAGCUAAGAAAAAACGUGGGAAUAAUGCCUCACUUAGGGUCGUCGCUCAUUUGGGUGUGCUUAGGUGCAUCAUUGGCGAGAGCGCAGGACGUUGUUUACGUUACUGAUCUUUCCAUAUUUACCGUAUUGGCUCCAUGUGCAGCAUCCGCAGUAUCUGAGAAUGUCCAGGCGCAGACAUACCAAAACUGCCCCGAAGCAGUAACGGAUCUCCAAUCAUGUGUCUGCACAAAAAAUAACAAUUUUGCUUCGAUAGCAACGGGAAUUGCGAGUUCAGUUAGCCGCAGCUGUGGUUCGACCGCUUCUGAAGACCAGGCCAGUGCGGCGAGCGUGUUCGAAGCAUAUUGCAACCAAGCGUCGAUUACACCGUUUCCGACUCCCUCUAAUCCGGUCACGCAGUAUAUUACUGACUUUCCAGCAUGGCAAGAGCUUGCACCUUGUGCCGCGAGUGGGCUAUCUUAUAUUGUCCAGAGUAUGACUUAUGAUCUAUGCCCUGCGGACCCGAACCUUCUCGCAACGUGCGUAUGCGACAAGAAUCAGAAUUCCUUGCUUGCUAGCCAAGGUAUUAACAAAUCGGUAAAAUCCUCAUGUUCAUCACACGUUGAGGACAUAGACUCGGCACAAGCGGUAUUUUCAGGUUACUGCGGGUUAAUGAAAGGGACCUCGUCGUUCCCAACGACUUCGGACCCUCCUGGUGACAUGACAUAUCAUAUCACCGCCUUACCCGAUUAUAGUUCGCUAGCCCCUUGCGCGCAAUCUGCUGUAUCAUACGGAGUAUUAAGCCAAACCUACGACCUCUGUCCCGAUGGCCCAAAGGCCCUCGCAUCAUGUGUUUGUUUAAAGAGCGGAAUGUCUGGCUCUAUGAGCAAUGUCAUCACCUCCGAUGUCAAAUACUCAUGUGACUCGACAGCGACUGAAGAUGUUAGCUCGGCAUUGGCUGUGUUCGAUUUGUAUUGCAAUGCUGCCAAGGGGUUAACAACUCCAGCUGGAGUUACCGAGUCUUUGGAACAAACAAAGGCCACCUUGAACAGCGGGGCUUCUGGACCGAAAGAAACCGGUAUUUCCGGAGCAUCUGGAAGUUCAAGCUCCGAAGGUCCUCUAGAGUCUGGAAGCUCAAGCAGUGAUUCGACUAACAAAUCGAAUACGAGUACAAUUGUCGGUGCGGUGAUUGGCAUUUUGGCCGGUAUUGCGUUUAUAGGUCUUGUAGCAUUUUUCUUCUGGCGACGUCGGCGGUAUGACCAGAGCGAUGACCGGAUAGGACCACAAUCUGUUGUCCAAGAAUACGCUGGAAAACCCGAGCUUGACGGUAACCCGAAUCCAGACGCGCUGAAGGACCAGGAGGCUACCCGGAUUGACAACGUUUCACCCGUGUCUGCUUAUAGCUCACCCAAUACGUCGGAGCUCCAGGGUCAUAGUGCCUAUCCCCAACCGCCCAUUCCGCAGAUGCCUGAGCUACGUGGUCAGGAUCAUGCACCACAAAUGCCAAGUCCUGUCUCCCCACAUACUCCCCAGGAGGCAAAUAGUCAACCGGUAUACGAAGCUCCAGCUCAGCAUAGGCCUCAGGUGCAUGAGGCACACGGCCAGCCUAGAUCAGAACUUCCGGGUAUGGGGUGGCAAUCUGGACCCGUGACUGAGUUUCAUGAAGUAGAUGGAGGAUAUAGAGGAUAGGAUAGUAAUGGAUAUAACCUGGGCUAUAGGGAGAGAGGGGAUGAAAAGGUUAGGUAGAUAACUUCAUGGCUUUAUAUAUUCGAUUUAACAAUUAGAAUAUAGAGAGUAACGACGGAAUUACGCCAUCUUCGAAAGGUGGUUUCGUAUCGGGUAAAUACGGCGAUGAAUGAAAUUAAGUGAAUAAUACUGCUUUGUUAGUGAUGUGACGUAAGGGACGUCGGAUAUUUUCUACUAGUUAGUUCUUCAGGUAAACUUGAUGAAAGGUAUUUGAUAGGUCGUAGGAGUGCAGAUAACCUAGAAUGAAGCAUGUAUGGGAUAAAAAAUAAUUGGGCACUGAUUUCGAAGUGAUGAAGAGGUACCUCCAAGUACAUGGUUCGGUGAUGGUCCAAGCUUCCCUAAGCUUGUCGAAUUUAGGUUAGGCAU